CUUAUAACCAUACGCUCUUUUCACACCUGCUUCAUCCAACCUUUGUUUUCAACCAUCAAGUCAUUCGCUUUUUUCGACGUCAGUCAACUACACUCGCUCAACACGAUUAAUCGUCUCGAACCUACCUAAUUACACAUAUCCAACCAAAAAACCAAAACAACCGCCAAUAUGCGUUCCACCACCACCCUCCUCCAGGCUCUCUUCGCCUCCUCUGCUCUGGCCAUCCAGAUCACCAGCCCCAAGAAGAACGACGUUAUCGACCCCUCCUCGGGCGUCGAGGUGACCUGGAGCACCGUCAGCACCGACCCCAAGUCCGCCCACUUGGUCCUCGUCAACAUGGCCAGCGGCCACACCCCUUACUCCAAGGACCUCGGUGCCGUUGACCUGACCAAGGGCUCCGUCAUCAUCUCCGAGAAGGACGUCCCCAACGACUCGGACUUCCAGUUCAACUUCCAGUCCGUCGACCCCCUCAACCAGGGUAUCCUCGCCCAGUCCGAGCAGUUCGAGGUCAAGAACUCCGACGACGACAAGAAGGAGACCACCAAGAGCGCCGCUGCCACCCAGACCACCGCCGCUGCCACUCUUGUCACUGCUUCCGACUCGGCUGCUGCCACCGCCACCUCCGGUGCUGCUUCCUCCGAUGACGAGAGCUCCUCCUCCGCUGCUGUCUCCGUCAGCGGCGCUUCCACCCUCGCCACCGUCACUGGCUCUGCUACUGUCACCGCUUCCGGCACUGCCUCUGCCACUCACGCUCCUACCGCCGCUGCUGGCAAGGUCGAGAGCGGCUCUCUCCUCGCUCUCGCCGUCGGCCUUGUUGCCGUCCUUGCUUAAGCGACCGACCUACCUAGACUGGGUAGUCAGGGCACCGAUUGAUGGGCCGUCAAGUAUCUAGGAUGUUCGUAGUGGGUAUCAGUUCUCUGAAAUCCACCUCGUACAUCCUACCCGCCCAUCAAUUGGUGUGACAAUAAACAAGGGAGGAUGGAUGGAUAAUGUCAACAAAGUGGGUUGUUGCUUGUUGAUGGCAUGAUAUCAGUUGGGGUGUAUAUGUACUAGUUAAUUCUGCACUAGUAUGUAUGGGGUUGUAAUAGAUGUCGUCUGUGUAUGGGGGGAAAGUGGAAGAGAUAGACACGCAUUGGGAUGCCCUUAAUGGAUUACUACUUAGGAAAUAUGCAUGGGAAAGGCGUUUUUGUCUUUUUUUUCGGUUUGGGUUUGUUC